UUUUUUUGACCAGGGACAGCACGCUGGUAAGGAGGAAGCAAGCAUUUUAAAGAGGGGAUUCCUGGUUAGAUCUCCCAAGAACCUACCACUGCAAUACAUUAUUUAAGCCAUUACCUGCUGGCCAGGGACUGCAGGAGCCUGUAAUUCCAAAGCCAAGACAAAUUACAGAUUGAUAACAAGGGAAGGGUGAGCGCAAAGAUGACUACCAUCGAAACACAUAUACAAUAUACCAACUCAUACAAUGUCGGAGAAGAUGAUUACAUGCCUCAGGAAGAAGACUGGGAUAGGGAUCUACUCCUAGACCCUGCAUGGGAGAAGCAACAGAGAAAGACCUUCACAGCCUGGUGCAACUCUCACCUUAGAAAAGCCGGUACACAAAUUGAGAACAUAGAGGAAGAUUUCAGAAAUGGCCUGAAACUGAUGUUACUGCUUGAGGUUAUCUCUGGUGAGAGACUGCCUAAACCAGACAAAGGAAAAAUGCGCUUCCAUAAGAUUGCAAAUGUGAACAAGGCUCUUGACUUUAUUGCCAGCAAAGGAGUGAAAUUGGUUUCUAUUGGUGCAGAAGAAAUUGUUGAUGGAAAUUUGAAGAUGACCCUGGGUAUGAUCUGGACUAUUAUCCUGCGCUUUGCUAUUCAGGACAUUUCAGUUGAAGAAACAUCCGCUAAGGAAGGAUUGCUCCUCUGGUGUCAAAGGAAGACUGCUCCUUACAGGAAUGUCAAUGUGCAAAACUUCCACAUCAGCUGGAAGGAUGGCCUUGCACUGUGCGCUCUCAUCCAUAGACACAGGCCUGACCUCAUUGACUACUCCAAACUGAGAAAGGAUGACCCCAUUGGUAACCUGAACACCGCCUUUGAAGUAGCAGAAAAGUACCUGGAUAUUCCCAAGAUGUUGGACGCAGAAGAUAUUGUGAACACUCCCAAGCCAGAUGAGAAGGCAAUCAUGACAUAUGUGUCCUGCUUCUACCAUGCAUUUGCUGGAGCUGAACAGGCUGAGACUGCAGCAAACAGGAUCUGUAAGGUUCUUGCAGUGAACCAGGAAAAUGAAAAGUUGAUGGAAGAAUAUGAAAAGUUAGCAAGUGAGCUCCUGGAAUGGAUUCGCCGUACUAUCCCAUGGUUGGAAAACAGAACUCCUGAAAUAUCAAUGGCUGCAAUGCAGAAGAAACUGGAGGACUUCAGAGAUUACCGAAGAGUUCACAAGCCACCCCGUGUUCAGGAGAAGUGUCAGCUAGAAAUUAACUUUAACACCCUGCAAACCAAGCUGAGGCUCAGCAACCGUCCUGCUUUCAUGCCAUCAGAGGGCAAGAUGGUUUCUGAUAUUGCCAAUGCCUGGAAAGGUCUGGAGCAAGUAGAAAAGGGUUAUGAAGAGUGGCUUCUUCUAGAAAUCAGAAGACUGGAGAGACUGGAGCAUCUGGCCGAAAAGUUUAGACAGAAGGCCACGCUUCAUGAGUCUUGGACCAGAGGAAAGGAAGAACUGCUUUCUCAGAGAGAUUAUGAAUCAGCUUCUCUCAUGGAGAUUAGAGCCCUUGUGCGCAAACAUGAAGCAUUUGAGAGUGAUCUGGCUGCCCAUCAGGACCGUGUGGAACAGAUUGCAGCCAUUGCCCAGGAGCUGAACGAGCUUGACUACCAUGAUGCUGCUGCUGUCAAUAGCCGCUGCCAGGCAAUCUGUGACCAGUGGGACACUCUCGGUACCCUCACACAAAAGAGGAGAGAUGCUCUUGAGCGUGUAGAAAAGCUUUUGGAAACCAUUGACCAGCUGUAUCUGGAGUUCGCCAAGAGAGCAGCUCCUUUUAAUAACUGGAUGGAUGGCGCUACAGAGGAUCUGCAGGAUAUGUUCAUUGUACACAGUAUUGAAGAGAUCCAGAGCCUUAUUUCAGCACAUGAACAAUUCAAGGCAACUCUCCCUGAGGCUGACAAGGAAAAAAUGUCAAUUUUGGGCAUCCAGGCCGAAAUUCAGAAAAUUGCUCAGACUUAUGGAAUCAAGUUAUCUGGAAUUAACCCAUACACCAACCUCACCCACCUUAAUAUUGCCACUAAGUGGGAGUCGGUAAAACAACUGGUUCCCCACCGAGACCAAACCCUGCAGGAGGAGCUGGCCCGUCAACAGGCUAACGAACGUCUGCGUCGCCAGUUUGCAGCACAAGCCAAUGUCAUUGGGCCCUGGAUCCAGACCAAGAUGGAGGAGAUUGGUCGCAUAUCCGUGGACAUUAGCAGUUCUUUAGAAGACCAGAUGAACCACCUUAAGCAAUAUGAACAGAAUAUCAUCUCCUACAAGACCAACAUUGAUAAACUUGAGGGAGAUCAUCAACUCAUCCAAGAGUCCUUGAUCUUUGACAACAAACACACCAGCUACAGUAUGGAGCACGUCCGUGUGGGAUGGGAGCAGCUCCUCACUACAAUUGCUAGGACCAUCAAUGAAAUUGAGAACCAGAUUCUGACCCGUGAUGCUAAGGGCAUCAGCCAAGAACAAAUGAAUGAGUUCCGUGCAUCAUUCAACCACUUUGACAGGAAGAGGAAUGGUAUGAUGGACCCAGAUGACUUCCGUGCUUGCCUGAUUUCCAUGGGUUAUGAUCUGGGUGAAGUUGAGUUUGCUCGCAUUAUGACUUUGGUUGAUUCUAACAACACAGGAGUUGUGACCUUCCAGGCCUUCAUUGACUUUAUGACUCGGGAGACAGCAGAAACAGACACUGCCGAACAAGUGAUGGCUUCAUUCAAGAUCCUUGCAUCCGAUAAGAGCUACAUCACCAUCGAAGAACUUCGCAGAGAGCUGCCCCCCGAACAAGCCGAAUAUUGCAUCAGCCGCAUGACAAAAUACAUGGGUUCCGAUAGUGUUUCUGGAUCUCUAGAUUAUAUGUCCUUCUCCAGUGCUCUUUACGGAGAGAGUGAUCUUUAAAAACACCUUUCCCCUUGACUGUUCCCAAGCUCUACUCCCCUUCCCUGUAUCUCAGUCAUUUAUCUAAAGACAAAAUGACCUUCCUAAAGUGUAGCAAAGAACCAAAUAAAAUGUAUAUAUACACUUUACUAAACAAAAUAUGUCAACCUCAUAUAUCAUCAAAACAUCAUUAAAUGAAAGGUUUAUCAUUUAGGGUAUUUAUUCUGUUCAUUUUCAUGCUCAAUGGAGUUUAACACUGUGGCAUUAUCAAUUUUAGACAUAUUUGACAUUCUUAAGAUUAUUCUACAGUCUUAUGUUCCAGAACCACCAAACCUGGAUGCACCUUUAUUCAUUAUCAUAGUUCUACCUAUUUCCAAAAAAUAUAAAAACAUAUUACAUUAGUCAUCUCAAAUUAUUUAUGGUAUCACCAGAAUGUGCACCAGGCUGUGUUACUGCUCUCAUCCAAAUGGUAAUGACUGGAAAUGAUCCAAAUAAAUGUUGGACUGUGCUGCUAUUUGGAGUUCUCUAGGGCACCAUGUCUACAGAAUGAAUUAUCUGAACCCCAUAAGUGUAUAUAUACAUUUUAAAUCAAGGAUUGCUGUAUUUUCAUGAAGGUAGAUUUUGUAGUUUGGCUUUUCCGGCAAGCAUAAAUGAUACUUUUAUAAUGUGCACAAAUCCUUGAAGCAACAGAGGUUAUUGAAAGUGAUAAAAAGAGUGGGACUUAGUAUCCAGGUUGGUGAACUCUCGCUGAGCCAAUACCUAUUAGUAAUGCGCCUGUUUACCCAGUGUGGUGUGCUUAUGGUUCGGGAACUCAUUUUUUUAAAAACAUAACAUUGUCAACCAUUUCUCUGACCUACUCUCCGAAAACCUCCUCUAAAUAUCAGAGGAAAUAAAUGUGAAUAUUUAAUGGUU